UAUUGAUCUGAGAGCGAAAUAGAGAGUCAGAAAUACCAGAAAUCAUAAUUUCAGUCAGAUCAUUCAAGAAGUGGAUAUUCAUCUUCACUAUCAAGAUGCCGAAAAGAGGUGGAGGUGGCGGAGGAAGGUCAAAACCCCAGCACAAAGGUCGCGCCCGUAAAUUUACAUCGCCGGAAGAAGUGGAUGCGCAGAUGAAGGCAGAAGGAAGCAAAGCAAGGUCUAGGGGAGAUGAAGAUGAUGACAGUUUUUCCCAUCCGCAAGCUCGAGCGGGAGAGAUGCCUCCCUCGGACUCAGAAGAUGAGAGCAGUGAGGAGGAGGAGACGAAAACAAAAGGAGUGGAGGGCCUUAUAGAAAUAGAGAAUCCCAACAGGAGAGUACAGAAGAUGCAGAAAGCCGCUAACGUAGACGUUGACAAGGGACCAACUCAACUUUCAAGAAGAGAAAGGGAAGAGAUAGAGAAACAACAAGCAAAGGAGCGUUACAUAAAAGCUCAUUCUGCGGGAAAGACAGAUGAAGCAAGGGCAGACUUAGCCAGGUUAGCUAUCGUCAGGAAGCAGAGAGAAGAAGCACAAAGGAGAAAAGAAUUAGAAGCAAAAGCAAAAGAAGCUAAAGCUAAAGGUAAGAAAUGACGACUGCCCUCGGUGUUCAAAACUAUCAGUCACAUGUCUGCGAUGCUACUCACUGGCAUUAUGAAAGCUGGGCUAAGAUGAAAGCAAGAUGGCUAACACACACACACCAAUCACAAGGGAUAAUGGCUUUACCAGUCAUCAACUUUUAUCCCUCCCGUUGACUACUGUCUAAAGGAGUUUCCUCCUACGGAUCACCACAACGCUGCAAUCAGGGGAAUGUUUCAUGCUGUUUCUUUUCAGUGAUUUUCAUUUACAAAGUGUUAUAAGCUACUGAAAUCAUUGUUUAUGAUUGGCCGAGAGUAGGUGUAUCCUUGAAAAUCACUUGCAGGGUGUUUUGUGAAAUGCGUCCAGGCCAUUUUCAUUGAAGAAUCUUGUAAGGAAUAUCCUUUAGCUGUGAUAAUUUUCCAACUUCUUUACUCAUCCUACAUCAUUUUUUUCUCUACAAUAUUUUAUAAUUGUAAUCAUUAAGAUCUGAUGAAUGACAAUUGUACAAUGAACCCGGAAUAAAGGAGUGCGAAUGAAGGACUGAAGUAUAACAUUUGAUCACACUCUUGCUUCCACAUUCUGACUUGAAGAGCAUUAGAUCUCGUGUUGUGAGUCCCCAAAAUUAUUUGUAUGGUGGGAUUUCAAUGCCUCUGUUCCAAUUGUCAACCACUUUUGUCUAUGAACAUAGCGUUUUCAUAAAUAUCUCAAUCACAUCAUUAACUUCACCAAAUCACUCCCUCC